CAUUAACCUCACUUACGACGCUCAUACCUCAGCUAACUCGCCCUUCUCCUCCCUCCGCCGUCCGCUAUUUGUUUCCGAAACGUCCUAGAGCUACGACUUUGGGGACAGAUCUCCGUGCGUUACACGCAGUUCACGAGCUCGCCGCCUCCGACCUAGCCAUCCUCCACGUACGCCAUGGCGAAGGAAGACGAGAAGCCCACUCCUGUGGACAAGGGCAAGGGGAAAGCCUCAGAUACAGUUGAUGGAGCGAGCGCCCCAGAAAAGGACAAAGACGGCAAGAUCAUAAAGGAUGGACAGAAAGGCGGUCUCCCUGCUGAAGAGCUCAGCGAGGAGGACCAACAGCUCAAGAGCGAGCUUGACAUGCUAGUCGAGCGAAUACUGGAAUCGGAUACGAGCCUGUACAAGCCCGCGCUGGAAGCUAUCAAGAGCUUCAUCAAGACGUCGACUUCAUCGAUGACCGCAGUACCGAAACCGCUCAAAUUUCUACGGCCGCACUACGAGAAGUUGGAGAAGGCAUACGAAUCAUGGCCGGCUGGGGACAACAAGACUUCAUUUGCGGACAUGCUGUCUGUCCUCGGAAUGACCUACUCGGACGAAGACCGGCUGGACUGCUUGAAGUAUAGGCUUCAGGCACCCUCGACAGAUCUGGACUCCUGGGGACACGAAUACAUGCGGCAUCUGGCCCUGGAGAUUGGCCGGGAAUUCCAGAGCCGCUUGAAUGAUGACAAGGCCACAGACGAUGUUACAGAUCUUGCUCUAACUCUGGUGCCCUUCUUCCUUAAGCAUAACGCCGAGGCAGAUGCGGUCGAUAUCCUCAGCGAGUUGGAGAUGAUUGAGCAAAUAGAGCAGCAUUUGGACGAGAACAUCUACUCCAGGGUGUGUUUAUACAUGAUCAGCACGGUGUCCCUCCUCACCUAUCCUGACAACGACCGAUUCCUCCGCACCGCAUACAAGAUAUACCGAAGGUAUAAGCAGUAUACGCAGGCGAUAGUGCUAGCUAUUCGUCUCAACGACCAAGAGCUAAUAGAGGAGGCCUUCAACUCGACAGAUGACAAGUCCAUCCGGCGACAAAUGGCCUUCCUUAUUGCACGCCAACGGAUAGGUCUGGAUGUCUCGGAGGACGAAGACCCCGAGUUGCAAGAGUGCCUAAACAACACGAGGCUGCCGGAUCACUUCAAGGCUCUUGCAAAAGAGCUCAACAUACUGGACCCGAAAACACCAGAUGACAUCUACAAGACACAUCUUGAGAGCAGUCGGACUGCAGGUCUGACCAACACCGACUCCGCUAGGCACAAUCUUGCCAGCGCUUUUGUUAACGCCUUCGUCAACGCUGGGUUUGGUAACGACAAAUUAAUGCUGACGGAAGACAACAAGCACAGCUGGGUGUGGAAGACCAAGGACGAGGGAAUGAUGUCGACAGCCGCCUCUUUGGGUAUGCUCAUGCAAUGGGACGUUGAGAUGGGUCUUGAUAAGAUCGAUCCUUACACCGACCACAAUGAUGAUUAUAUCAAGGCGGGUGCUUUCCUUGCGACAGGAAUAAUCAACUCUGGAGUGCGGAUGGACGCAGAUCCUGCUCUGGCUCUACUUGGCGAGGAUACCAACUUGGCCAACAAGAACAUCAACGUCCGAGUAGCAUCGAUCAUGGGUCUGGGUCUUGCCUACGCAGGGUCGAACAAGGAAGAACUUCUGGAGCGACUUCUUCCUAUUGUCACUGACACCAACCUCGAUAUGCAGCUCUCUGCCAUGGCCGCACUAUCUCUGGGUCUGAUCUUCGUUGGCUCUGCGCAAAGCGAUGUGUCCGAGGCUAUCAUCCAGACAUUCUUGGACGAGGACCGGACAAAGCAGCUCAAAGACAAGUGGACUAGGUUCAUGGCGCUCGGGCUGGCCCUUCUAUACUUCGGACAGCAAGAGGAAGUGGAUGUCAUUUUGGAAACCCUGAAGGCCAUCGAUCAUCCCAUGUCCAAGCCAACAUCUGUGUUGGCCGAAGUUUGCGCCUGGGCCGGUACUGGAGCUGUGUUGAAGCUACAGCAACUCCUCCACAUCUGCAAUGACCACAUUGAAGAGGAUAGCGACGAGAAGAAGGGAGAUGAACUGCUACAGUCCUAUGCAGUCAUCGGAUUGUCUUUGGUUGCCAUGGGAGAAGACGUUGGCCAGGAAAUGGUUCUUCGGACGUUUGGACAUCUUAUGCACUACGGAGAGGCCAACAUCCGGAAAGCGGUUCCCCUUGCAAUGGGCCUCAUUAGCCCUAGCAAUCCACAGAUGAAGGUUUAUGACACGCUGUCAAGAUACAGUCACGACAACGACAACGAUGUUGCCAUCAAUGCCAUCUUCGCCAUGGGUCUUGUCGGUGCUGGUACCAACAACGCUCGUCUAGCACAACUCCUCCGACAGCUAGCCAGCUACUAUCAUCGGGAUCCCAAUGCGCUGUUCAUGGUGCGCAUCGCCCAAGGUCUGUUGCAUAUGGGCAAAGGUACCCUAUCUGUAAAUCCCUUCCACACAGAUCGGCAGGUGCUGUCCAGAGUUGCUGCCGCCGGGCUGUUGACCGUACUUGUGUCCUUGAUUGACGCAAAGUCUUUCAUUCUCGGCGACUCGCACUACCUCCUCUACUUUGUGGUCACUGCCAUGGCCCCAAGAUUCCUCAUCACCUUAGACGAAGACCUGAAGCCGCUGACGGUCAACGUGCGUGUUGGUCAGGCGGUGGACAUUGUCGGGCAAGCAGGCCGCCCGAAGACGAUCACGGGCUGGCAGACGCAGAGCACGCCUGUGCUCUUGGCUUACGGGGAGCGGGCGGAGCUGGAGGACGAGCAGUACCUCAGCUUGAGCAGCAACUUGGAGGGCGUGGUAAUCCUACGGAAGAAUCCGGAAUGGGAAACAUGAGGCAUAGCGAGUUGAUGGUUCAUGACCUUUUCGUGCAACUUCCAGCAUUCUAAUAGAUCCACGACCCGUGCGGACGAAAGCACCGGCGCGUUGUAUAUAUAGAAAGCAUUGCAAAUUCCAUACAUUUGGUACGGAAUCCCUCCAGCGCUCCCUCACAGUGGAGGAUCAUCGUGACUGCAUGUUGUUCUACUGCUUGAUGAAUGUUAUUGCCGGACUGGUCGUUUUGGGGUCUUGCUUCCACCGCUCUCAUCCCACAAGCGUUGUUUUUGGCAGGCGAGCUUGGUCCUUCGAGACUUUGAAUUGCAAAGCAUCCGUGAAGCUCUCUCGUAUUAAUCAU